UGUAAGUUAGAAUUUAUAAAUGUUUUAACGAAUUUUUAAUAUACAUAAAUAUAAAUUUAUUUUUAUAUAUUUACAAACAGAAAAAGAAAAGUUUGGACAAAAAACGAGACACUACUUUUCCUGAAGUGCUACAGCGAGAGGAAGGAGGAGUUCGUACACUCACGAAAGAAAAAGUUUGCAUAUGAGCAUGUUUUAGAAGACAUGAUAUUUCAAUGAUUUACGGAUACAACGGUCAAUGCGGCUGCUCUCGUCGCGAAAAUGCGAACACUUUUGAGUGCAUACAAAUCCGCGAAAGAUAAUGAGAGGCAGACCGGGACUUCUCCGUGCACAGUACCAUAUAUGCAGGAGAUGGACGAUAUUUUUGGCGACAGUUCUAUGGUAUCCGUCAAUCAUACAAUCAACAUCGGGACAGACCCCCAAGAGGCUCUAACUGAAACAUAUGUUAACAAGUCGUUAACGGAGCUGAUCGAGUUUUCACCAACACUUGAAGACGAACCAAGUACAUCUAGGCAGAGUAGGAAUGUCAGACAAAUUCAAGAGCCGCACACAGUGAUUGCUAGUCCAUCUCCUAGAUAUCGCAAAAGUGCAAGAGAGCGAUACUUCGUAAAAAAACUCGAACUAAAGAAAAGAAGUGUUGAAGAAAAAGAGAAAUUCCAGGCUAAAAUGUACAAAAUGAUGGAAGAUUUAGUUAAUAAACGAAACGUCCAAGUGGAAAUAGAACAAAAAAAACUAAAAAUAGAAGAAGAGAAACUUAAGCUUCUCCAACAAUGUUUUAGUAAUGAAUAAAACACAGCAUUUAACUUUUUUUAAAGUAAAAUAAAUUGUUUUAUUAUGGUUUUAUAUAUGCAUGUAUGUACAUAUGUGUCUAAAAGAUAAAAUGCUACUUAAAACAUUUAGUUGUUUUGAGUUAAGAGCAUAAGCAACUGAUUACGACGAU